AUGACCUCCUACAGCUCCUCCGCCCAGUCCGCCUCUUCCUACCGCCGCACCUUCGGCCAUGGCAACUACGCCUCGCCCUCCCUCAACCGCGCCUUCCUGGGCCACAGCGGCGGCGGUGGCGGUGGCGGCGGCAGCCACGUCACCUCCAGGGUCUACGAGGUGAGCCGCUCCAGCUCCACGCCGGCGUACCGCGUCUCCUCCAGCUACUACGGGAGGCCGCUGGCCGCCUCCAGGGCCUCCGCCGCCCGCUCCUACGCCGGCAUGGGCGAGACGCUGGACUUCAACCUGGCGGACGCCCUCAACCAGGAGUUCCUGACCACCAGGACCAACGAGAAGGCCGAGCUGCAGCACCUGAACGACCGCUUCGCCAGCUACAUCGAGAAGGUCCGCUUCCUGGAGCAGCAGAACCAGGCGCUGGCCGUGGAGGUGGAGCGGCUGCGGGGCCGCGAGCCCACGCGCAUCGCCGACCUGUACGAGGAGGAGAUGAGCGAGCUGCGGAGGCAGGUGGAGAUCCUGACCAAUCAGAGGUCGCGCAUCGAGGUGGAGCGCGACAACCUGGUGGACGACCUGGACAAGCUCAAACUGAGGCUCCAGGAGGAGAUUCUCCAGAAAGAGGAGGCGGAGAACAACCUGGCAGCGUUCAGAGCGGAUGUGGACGCUGCCACUCUGGCCCGUCUGGACCUGGAGAGACGCAUCGAGACGCUGCAGGAGGAGAUCGCCUUCCUGAAGAAGAUCCAUGAGGAGGAGAUCCGGGAGCUGCAGGCCCAGAUGCAGGAGACCCAGGUCCAGAUCCAGAUGGACAUGUCCAAGCCCGACCUCACGGCGGCGCUGCGGGACAUCCGGGCUCAGUACGAGGGCAUCGCCGCCAAGAACAUCGCCGAGGCUGAGGACUGGUACAAAUCCAAGGUUUCCGACCUCAACCAGGCCGUGAACAAGAACAACGAGGCCCUGAAGCAGGCCCGCCAGGAGACCAUGGAGUUCCGGCACCAGAUCCAGUCCUACACCUGCGAGAUCGACUCCCUGAAAGGCACCAACGAGUCCCUGAUGAGGCAGAUGCGGGACAUGGAGGACCGCCACGGGCGCGAGGCCGGGACCUUCCAGGACACCAUCGCCCGGCUGGAGGCGGAGAUCGCCAACAUGAAGGACGAGAUGGCGCGCCACCUGCGCGAGUACCAGGACCUGCUCAACGUCAAGAUGGCCCUGGACGUGGAGAUCGCCACCUACAGGAAGCUGCUGGAGGGAGAGGAGAGCCGGAUCGCCCUCCCGGUGCAGAGCUACUCCCUGAGUUACAGAGAGACCAGUCCUGAACACCAGCAGCGCUCCUCUGAGAUGCUUUCAAAGAAAACCGUUCUCAUCAAGACCAUCGAGACCCGUGACGGAGAGGUCGUCAGUGAGUCCACGCAGCACCAGCAGGACAUCAUGUAACCAACCUGCAGGAGAUAAGACCAGAACAAGAAAACCAAACAUCUGCUUCGACCACAGAUGGGAACAAAAAAACACAGGAAACAUAAAUAAAACCGAGCAAAGGGGCUUCUAAAACUCUUCACUUUGCUCUGUGCAUUUUUUUUAAGUUACAAUAUGUAAAUGAACCUUUUUAUAUUGUUUACAUAAGUCUGCUUACAUUUAUCUAGAGAUCAGACACAUCUAUAUAUGUUCAAGAGAAUAGAAAAAAUACAUCUAGAGCGGCUGAAUGGAAAAUAAGAGUGGCUGGACAGGAUGUUUAGUUCACAAGUGGCUGUACCAGUUUUGUUUUUCAGAGUAAAAGCAUUAAAAAAAAGAUAUGUGGUUGCAUAGAAUUACUUCUUUUCUGCAAUGUCACAGAAAAAAUGUGUUUGUCUGCAGCCAAGCAGUUCCGCAUCUCAUUUCCUGUUAAUUAUGUACUAUGAGAACGAGACGGUUUGAUUCAGAACGCAGAAACUUCUCCUGUUGUGCUCCUCGAGGUCGGACUCGCUGUUUUGAAGCGUUCUGUGCAGGUUUGCUUUUCAACAGAAGUAACAGAGAAGAUGCAAGAGGAGUGGAGAAAGAUGAGAGGAAAGAUGAGAGGAAAGACAGGAGGGCGGAUGUUGUGUAAGGUCUUAAAAACAAAGAGAAAAGCAGAGAAGGAGAAACGCAACAGUGAAGUGGAUUUUAUGUUUUGUUCAUUCCAUCUGAUUGAUUGACGUCGGUGUGACCUGAAGAGACGACGCUCACUCUCGACUGUUUACAGGCCCGAGGAAAAACAUGCUUUAAUCGUUAUAGUCAUAAUUCAGUUUUUAUCAAAAGCAUGGAGUUACUGGCCUACAGUGAUGACAUUGCACUCUCCUUUACAGUAAUAAAUAAAUCAGCAAAUAAAUACAUCCCACUGGAAAUGAACAAUUAGAGUCCUAAGAAAACAUGUUUUGAAUGAAAUUAUCAAAUGGUGAAAAUAAAA